AUGAACACGAUCAAGCAAGUCGCGGUAGCAGGAGCAACUGGCAACAUCGGCAUUCCCAUUGUCAAAUCCUUGCUUGCAGCCAGAUUUACCGUGAUCGUACUGUCCCGAUCGGAUAAGCCUACCAACCUCCCGGGCGGCGUCAUUGUCCGGAAUGUCGACUACGACUCCGUAGAAUCGCUCGCCGCUGCUCUCCAAGGUGUGGAUGCGGUGGUCUCCACUGUAGCCGCCGCUGCAGUCCCCGCUCAGACCAAGCUCGUCGACGCCGCGGUCAUCGCCGGCGUCCAACGCUUCCUCCCUGCCGAAUACGGGAGCAACGUGGACGAUACCGCUACUCGAGUGCUUCCCGUCUUCGCUUCGAAAGUGGCAGUACAGGACUACCUGAAGAAGGUCACCUCUGGAUCGAGCCUUACUUACUCCCUCGUCCAGACCGGGCCGUUCCUCGACCGAGGCCUUCUGCUCGGCUUUCUGCUCGGCUCCUUGAAGGAUCGCAAGGUGGAGAUCGUUGAUGGAGGGGUGAAACGGUUUAGCUCGACGUUGAUGCCCACUUUCGCGAAGGCCGUCGCGUCCGUUCUUCAUCAUCCAGAGGAUACGAAGAACCGGACCGUGCUCAUCCAAGACGCGGUCGUCACCCAGAACCAGCUUCUGAACAUCGCAAAGGAGUUGACGCCAGGCGCUGAAUGGUCCGUUACACACAGCAAGUCCGAGGACCUGAAGAAAAGGGCGGACAAGAAGAUUGCGCAGGGCAUACACGACAUUCAAGUGUUUGUCUGGCAGCUCAAACACUGGCAGUUCAACGAACGUUUCGACACCGUGUUCCAGAAGCCAGACAAUGAGUUGCUUGGGAUUACGACGAUCUCGGACGAGGAAUUACGGGAGUUUGUGAAGGCUGCCCUCUAA